AGCGGCCACGGCUGGGAACGCGGGGCCGCGUGGGCAGGGUGGUGGGGGGAAGCGGAUUGUAGCGGCCGGUUGCGGUAAGGGAGCCUGAUCGUGAGACCCGGAGCAGCUCAGCCACCAUGGGGAUGUUCGGCACGAGCCGCCUCCUGCUAGGAGCUGUGAGCUGCACAUUCUUCCUGGCAGCUAACAGCCUAUACUCCUCCAGUGAUGAUGUGAUCGAGCUAACAUCAACAAACUUCAAUAAGGAAGUCAUUCAGAGUGACAGUUUAUGGCUGGUAGAAUUCUACGCACCAUGGUGUGGUCAUUGUCAAAGACUAACUCCUGAAUGGAAGAAAGCAGCAACAGCAUUAAAAGGUGUUGUGAAAGUCGGUGCAGUUGAUGCAGAUAAGCAUCAGUCCCUAGGUGGUCAGUACGGUGUUCGAGGAUUUCCAACUAUCAAGAUAUUUGGAUCCAACAAGAACAAAGCAGAAGAUUACCAGGGUGGCAGAACAAGUGAUGCUAUUGUUGAUGCCGCUUUAAGUGCUCUUCGAUCACUGGUAAAGGAUCGUCUUAGUGGCAGAAGUGGAGGAUAUAGUUCUGGAAAGCAGAGUAGCCGAGAAAGUGGAGGCGGGGAUAAGAAGGAUGUGAUUGAUCUGACUGAUGACAGCUUUGAUAAGAACGUUUUGAAUAGUGAUGACGUUUGGCUGGUAGAGUUUUAUGCCCCAUGGUGUGGACACUGCAAAAAUCUGGAGCCAGAAUGGGCAGCUGCUGCCACAGAAGUGAAAGAACAAACCAAGGGAAAAGUAAAACUGGCGGCUGUAGAUGCUACAGUGAAUCAGAUGUUAGCCAGCCGGUAUGGGAUCCGUGGAUUUCCCACAAUCAAGAUCUUUCAGAAAGGGGAAGACCCUGUUGAUUACGAUGGUGGAAGAACAAGAUCUGAUAUAGUUGCCCGAGCUCUGGAUCUUUUUUCUGAAAGUGCCCCACCACCUGAGCUGCUCGAGAUUAUUGAUGAAAAUGUUGUGAAGACUACCUGUGAUGCCCACCAGCUCUGUGUCAUUGCUGUGUUGCCCCAUAUUCUUGAUACAGGAGCUGCAGGUAGAAAUUCCUACUUGGAAGUCAUGUUAAAAAUGGCAGACAAAUACAAAAAGAAAAUGUGGGGGUGGCUGUGGACAGAGGCUGGAGCUCAGUCUGAGCUUGAAAACUCAUUGGGAAUUGGAGGAUUUGGGUACCCAGCAAUGGCAGCAGUUAAUGCACGGAAGAUGAAAUUUGCCCUCCUGAAAGGAUCUUUCAGUGAACAGGGGAUUAAUGAGUUUCUCAGGGAACUCUCCUUUGGCCGUGGAUCUACUGCACCAGUAGGUGGUGGGGGUUUCCCUAAAAUUAAUACAGUCGAGCCGUGGGAUGGCAAAGAUGGUGAGCUUCCAGUUGAAGAUGACAUUGAUCUCAGUGAUGUGGAUCUUGAAGACUGGGAUAAAGACGAAUUGUGAGAUCUUCAGGAAGUUUCUUUUCUUGGGAGGGUUUGUGCAGCAGUUUGGAACAUUGUUCCCAAUCAAAUGGAUAUUCCAGUGGCCUUUUUACAGAGAAGUAGCACUUGGCCAGCUCUCUGCAACACUGCGACAGUGAACUGUAUGCCUCUCAAGAAAACAUUGCAAAAAUUCUAUGAAUUGUUGUAACCAGUAAAUUUGAUUGUAUUCUGUGUAACAAAUAUUUUGAGGACAACAUUGAUCUUUGAUUACAACAUCUUGGUUUUUAUUUUGUCCAUAGAGUGUGUGCUCUUUGAGUGUUUCUGGGGGAUGUUACUGUAACCAGUUUUAAAUGUAAUUUUUUUUCCCCAUUCAGAUAGAACCUGACCAGCUUCUGUUUUAAUUAAAGAAUAAAACAAGAUAUUUUUGACAUAGACUAUUAGUCUUGUACAGAGCAACAAACUUGCACACAAUUAAAGCUGUCCAGGUUCAGAUGACUGUUGCAAAGUGAACAGUGUAUGUCAUAAGGAAUGGUGCUGUAAGGCUCUUAAACUACCCUGCCGCUAUAAAACUUCUUGACAGUCUUUGCCUGAAGAUUAGACCAGACAAUCUUGGUUUAAAAUGCUCUUUCUAGUCUUCCCCUUCCUCCUAUUUUCAGGGAUUUUCAGUUUCUCAGAAACAACAUAUCACCUCAAAAGGUGAUCUUGUCAUCUUGUAGCUCAGUUGCUGCUUGGAAGAUUUCUAGGGAAAAUGCAGGCUGGUGAAAAGUGCUGCUGAUUUCAGAAAGUGGCAGUUUUCUUCUGAGUUGGUAGUGAGCCAGUGACCCACCAGAGUGUGAAGGGUCAAUGUGCUGCUGUAGCAGCUUUCUCUCUUUGUAUAGAGAGGCCUAAAACUGAUACUGACUGGUCUCUUCAACGGAAUCCAGGCGUUCUCUCCAGCAUCCUGGCCAAAUUCCAACUUGGGUGAUUAUGUUCUGCCUUCUUAAAUUUCUCCUGCAUUUUCCAUUGGAUCUAGUAUUCUUUGCUUCCCAUCUUACACUGUUAAAAUACUUACUGUUUCACCCCAGGGGUGGUUACACUUUGGUGUUCGGUAUAAUUAUUGCUGUUUGUAAAAUCAAUAUUAUAAAAACUUAAGGCCAAAGGUACUAAAUAAAUUAUUCUACAGCUCGCCCCCUAUUGUACCAAUGUCUAGCAAAGCUACUGUACAUGGGACUGACCUGUGUGAGAUAAGGAGAUGGCAUAGCUGAAAGCUCCUUUUCACAAUAAUUAUUUUACAAAUCUACCCCAACCCACUAUUGUCUUUAAAGAGUCUUUGUGCAUUGACAAGUUGAUGGAAUGUACCAGCUAUGGGUGGUGAUUUCACGCUGGCCUUCAAUAAUUAAAUUCUAACUAAAGGAUCCGGGAUAAAAAUCCCAGGGUGGUGGAGCACCUAUGCCGACGGGAGAUGCUCUCCUGUCAGCAGAGAUUGCGUCUCCACUAAGUGCUGCAGCGGCAUCGGUAUAGCUGUGCUGCUGCUGAAGCAUUUUAAGUGUAGACGAACCCUUGGGCUUUAAAAUCGUGUUUUCAAAAGUGACUUAGGCACUUGGAGCCUUUGAAAAUUUAACCCAAUCUGGUUUUAAGGUUAAGAGCAGGAUUUCCUCACUUUCUGUUAGAUUAGUAACAUCUGAAACUAUAGCUGAAAAACCAAAACCUGAUUGUACAGUGCUAGUUAACCCACUAACCACCAGACUAUUUUAACUUUUGAUUUUAUUUUAAAUUCCAGUAAAGAUGAUGAUCCCCUCUUUGUAACUUACAAAAUAAAUAAGUAAAAUCCA